CUUGGACGUUCUUCAUCUCCGUAGAUCUAAAAAGGAGAAAGGAAACGAAGCUAACUCAACCGAAGAAAAGAACAAUCAGUUCAAUAACAGCCCGGAUCAAAUUCAAAUGUCGGCACUUUUUAAUUUCCAUUCGUUUUUGACGGUGGUGCUGCUCGUGAUUUGCACUUGCACUUUUGUGAAGAUGCAAUUUCCCACUAUCCUCGAACAGAAAACUGGGUUUCGGGGAUUCUUUUGGAAAGCAGCUAGAAUAGGUGAACGGUUGAGCCCUUGGGUCGCUGCAGGAUGCUUAACGAUGGGUGUAUCAAUACUUUUUUUCUGAGUUGGAAUUCAUUGGUACACUUGAAGUAGGUCCUUUAAUCCAUUUCACUCAUGUGCUACUAAUUGGUUUGUAUGAUAAAAGAUUGUCAUUAUUUUAUUGAUUUUGCCUUGUAGUGGAGAUGUAAUUGCCACAGGCAUCAGACUUGGUUGUGUACUGCACAUAAACUGUGCUAUUGAAAAUACAAUUAGUUUUAUACAAGCAUACAAGUUAUUGCAAAUAUGACAGAACCACAUUUUCCCAGAGGGAUUUUGAUAA